UCGGUGCAACUCGACAAACCAAACAUGGCAGCAAUAGCAACCGCGAGAGCGAGCGUGGUUCCAAUGAAUCGACCGGUUCAGGGCGGCGGCAAGGUGCUGAAGGAGAAGCUGGAGUUUGUGCCAUCGGAUGAUAUAGAGCCGAUCAUGAGCUUCGAUCAGAUGAACCUCAAGGACGAGCUCCUCCGAGGCAUCUACAACUACGGCUUCGAGAAGCCCUCCGCCAUCCAGCAAAGGGCCAUCAGACCCAUAAUCGAGGGCCGCGACGUCAUAGCUCAGGCUCAAUCUGGCACUGGAAAGACCUCCAUGAUUGCCCUAGCUUCUUGCCAAACCGUCGACACCUCCUCCAGAGAGGUUCAGGUGUUGAUAUUGUCUCCAACGAGGGAAUUGGCGGCACAGACAGAGAAAGUGAUACUGGCAAUGGGAAACUACAUGAGUAUUCAAGCGCAUUCCUGCAUUGGAGGCAAAAACGUGGGUGAGGAUAUCAGAAAGCUAGAGAACGGAGUUCAGGUGGUGUCUGGAACUCCCGGUAGAGUCCAUGACAUGAUUCAGAGGGGAAGUCUACACACUCGACACAUCAAACUACUAAUUCUUGAUGAAUCUGAUGAGAUGUUGAGCAGAGGCUUCAAGAAGAAAAUUUACGAAGUCUACAGACAUCUACAAGAUACCCUACAAGUUUGCUUGAUCUCCGCGACGCUCCCUAAUGAAAUUUUGGAGAUGACCAAUAAAUUCAUGACCGAUCCUAUAAGGAUCCUGGUUAAACGUGACGAGCUGACUUUGGAGGGAAUCAAACAAUUUUUCGUUGCAGUUGAAAAAGAAGAUUGGAAGUUUGAUACUCUGUGCGAUCUCUAUGAUACCCUUACGAUCACACAAGCUGUUAUUUUCUGCAACACAAGGCGAAAAGUGGACUGGCUUACUGAAAAGAUGAGGACUAGUAACUUUGCUGUGUCUGCAAUGCAUGGAGACAUGCCUCAGAAGGAGAGAGAUGCUAUUAUGAAGGAGUUUCAGAAUGGUCUUUCACGAGUCCUCAUCACAACUGAUGUUUGGGCUCGGGGCAUCGAUGUUCAGCAGGUUUCGCUGGUUAUCAACUACGAUCUUCCAAAUAAUCGAGAGCUAUACAUACAUAGGAUUGGUCGUUCGGGUCGAUUUGGACGAAAGGGUGUGGCAAUAAACUUUGUCAAGAAAGAUGAUAUCAGGAUCUUAAGAGACAUUGAACAGUACUACAGUACCCAGAUUGACGAGAUGCCCAUGAAUGUGGCUGAUUUACUAUGA